AUGGCAACGCCGCCGGAAGUCCCGGCCCUGCGCGCCGCGGGGUGCGCUGGGAAACGGAGUCUUUGGUUCCGCCCCGUUAUUUCCCUAAAUCAGCACCCGCCAUUGCCGGCCGCGGGUACCGCGCGGGGCACGGCGGGAGUUGUAGUUCCUAGCUCCGCCCCCCUCGGCCGCGCGAGGGCUGCCGGGAAGCGGCGCCAUCAUGGCGGAUCCGCCGGAGGAGGCGGGAGGCGGCCCAGCCGAGCCCGGGGCGGGGGGUCCCGGGGCCCCCCCCGGGGGCGGCAGCGGCUCGAGGCGCUGCUGAACCGCAGCCUCCGCAUCCGCAUGUCGGACGGGCGGACGCUGGUGGGAGCGUUCCUGUGCACGGACCGCCAGAGCAACGUGAUCCUGGGAUCCGCGCAGGAAUUCCUGAAAGCCGCGGACGCGUUCCCGGGCAGUGAACCCCGAGUGCUGGGGCUGGCCAUGGUGCCCGGGCACCACAUCGUGUCCAUCGAGGUGGAGCCCCCCUACCCCUGAGGGACCCC